AUGAAGGAAGACUUCAGCGAAAAACUGCUUCCCCUGGACGAGAAAACAGUACUAGCUAAUUCCAAUAGCGGAUCCAGUCUUCCUGAUUCUAAAAUCAAGUCACAAGUUGCUUGGCUAACGAAAGAAUUAUGGACAUCGCGAGCUUUUCGAAUAGCAGGAUCGGUAUUUGCAUCAUUGGUUCUAGUGGAAACAGUUGUAUUACAUGUAAAAAGUGUCAAACCCUCACUGGUUUUGAUUGCCAUAGCCUCCACACUCGCUGCAUUCGUACUAUUCUUGAUUGCUGCGGCUGUCAUUUUUGGCUUCAUGCGCGAGAUCGUUGCUAAAAAACAACGAUACGAGCUUUGUCGCCUCGUAAUGUUCCACCAGCCAGGCUUAACGUCGUCCAACUGGGAUGUCAUUGCCGUCUCUAUGAACGCCUUUCUGAAAAGAGAAGGGCACUGGCACACUGCUACAUGCUUUGAGAGCGGCCUUGCCUUAUUCUAUAGCUACAGACAAAGGGUUUACUUGCCUUUAAAAAAGGGAAAUUUUGAUAACGACGCAGACGUGGCUCUACUUUCAGACGCCGCUGCUUCCUAUGAAAAGUCUUUUCGUGUCCCACAGAUCCCCAAUGAAAAAACUGAGGCCUCGAGUGCUGCUCUUAAAGAACAAGAAUUACCAGUUGAAGUUUACAGGUCUAAAACCUCUUGGGCGUUGGCAUUCUUGGCAAAACAAUUUUUAUUUGGCUGCUUCUUCGCGUUAAUUUAUUCCUUCAGUUAUAGAGGCUACGCGAAGUUGAUGGGGGUCGCAAUCGAGCUGGCACCAGUCCCUAUUCAUUUGUUCACGAGAGGCAAGGGCUUAUCCGUGACACAGGUCGGUCAAUUUUUGAAGACAGUCGAAGAUCUUGAACCUUGGGAGGACAAUUCAAAGUGGGGCGACGUUGCAAAAGCAUUAAACCAGUUUUUAGGAUCUAACAAAAACACUUACUUAUCGGCAGGUUUAUUUUACGACGGGGACGACUGUCGUCGUAUCUUCGAGUCCAACCUUUCCUCUAUUACUUCAAGUCGUAUACAAAACAUCCCCGAGGUUGUUUCCUUGGUAACUGGUAAACAAUACAUGCCCGAGUUUGUUACUCUUGCAACUGAGUUGCAAGCGGCCUGUGGCUUGGAUGUCGCGGAGUGCGUUUGGAGGAAGGGCAUAACGAUCGAAUGGCUCGUAUGA